GUAUAGUAAUAAACCUACUCAUGAUACACACAUUUUUCUAAUGAUAUAGUUAUGGACGCAAGCAAUGUUAUUAUUGAUCUUAGCGAUGUGGUUAUUGAUUCUGAUGUUGUAAAUAAUGGUAAUAAUAUAAUGCAUACUGAUAAUGCUAUAAAUAGUGAUGCUGUAAAGCAUAGUUGUCACAGUGAUGAUACUAUUCAAGGUAGCCUAACUGUGAACAGUAAUGAAAAUUAUCUUGAGAUUGAGGCAGAGAAUGCUUAUGAAAGAUUGAUCCAACAAAUUAAUGAAGGUUGCAAUGAUGAAUUUGAUUUUCAGAUUGAUGACCAUAAAUAUAAUUUUAAAAGUUCCAUUAAUACAAGUCUUUCUUUGGUCAAAGAUGUUACAAAAAGUGAAUUAUUAGUUAUAGAAGAUAAAAAAAAAUCUAUUGAAACUAUUCUUUUAAAUAAUGCUCAAUCUAGUGAGUUUAGUGAAUCUAGUGAAGAUAGUUUUAAAAAUAAUGAGUGUUUUAUUAAAAAAACUAUCUGUAGUGAAAAAAAUAUUUUGAAUAAUGAAGAUGAAAAAAUUAAUAAUGAAAAUGAACAUAAAGUUAAUGAAGAAAAUGAAGAUAAUCGUGAGUGGGAUAAGCUUAAACUACCUCGCAACAGUGGCUCAUCACACUUAUCUAUAUCUGACAGUUUAGUAACUGCAGAAGAGGUUGUUCAGUAUAUGAAAGAAUAUAGUAGACCAGAAGAGUAUAAUAAAAAAAUUCGACCUGUUAUUACAUAUUCUGGCAUAAAUGCUAUAUAUCAUUGGAUGGUUGGCCCUCCAAAACUAGAUCAAAAAUUAAUAAAAGACCGUGAUUGGAUUUUUAUAUUUGCUGCAACUGCGUUUGAUCAAAAUGAAAAAUUUCACAUAAGAAUUUUACAGUCUGUUUAUUAUGGACUUACAAAAUCUAAAAUUAAUUGCCCAAGGUUUGGUUCUCAUUGGGAAAAUAUUGGGUUUCAAGGAAAUGAUCCCUCCACUGACUUGCGUGGUUGUGGCAUGUUAGGUCUAAUUUCUGUGCUUGAUUUUAUCCAAUCGCCAGCUACUUUAGGACUAGCUUCUAAGAUCUAUUCAUUGUCUCAGGAUUUAGUGCAAAAUUUUCCUUUUUGUAUUAUGUCAAUAAAUGUUACCAGAAUAUCUUUACAGAUAUUAAGAGAAGGGAAACUAAACAAACUCUGCAAUAGUAAAUUAAAAGAAAAGCGCAAUUUGUACGCGGAAAAUAACGAUAAUAUUGUGUACGACACGUUUCGUGAACUUUACACUGCUAUAUUUUACAAAAUCUUUUCUAUAUGGAACAAUGAGGCAAAGACAAUGGCUGAUUCUGGUUAUGUUUUAAAAGAUGUUGAAGAUAGUGCAAAAAAAUGUCCUCUAGAUAUUAUUAAGUUAUACAAAGGUUCUAAUAAAAGCGACUUUCAGGUAAAUAAGAUCGAUAAAAUUGAAAAUUUUGUUGGAGUUGAGGAUCUAUGAGUUUUAUGAUCAAUCUGAUGAUAAUGAAAAUGAAAGAUUUUUUUAAAAGAAGUUUUAUAAAAACUAUUAAUAUAUAAAAUUAUUUA